GAAGAACACAUGCUUUUCCAACUUGAAGAAGGGAUUGAAGCUUUGGAAGCAGCAAUUGAAUACAAGAAUGAAACUAUCCAAAGUCGCCAGAACUUACUUAGAGCAUCAUUUCAAAAUCUACCUCAUAGUGAAGCAAAUGUCCUGGAAAAACUAAUUUGCCUGACUCCCGUUGAGAUUAGAGCUAUUCUUUUCAGAUAUUUCAAUAAGGUGGUUAAUUUGCGAGAAGCUGAACGGAAACAACAGUUACAGAAUGAAGAGAUUCAAAUGAAGGUUCUUGAACGAGAUAAUAUGGUUCAUGAGUUGAAAUCUGCACUGGAACAUCUGAAAUCUCAAUGUGACUCGAGACUGAUCCUCCAGCAAAAGGAACAUGAACAAAAGAUGCAAUUGCUGCUACAUCAUUUCAAAGAACAAGAUGGAGAAGGCAUUACAGAAACUUUAAAAACAUAUGAAGAUAAAAUCCAGCAGUUGGAAAAAGAUCUUUAUUUCUAUAAGAAAACCAGCAGGGAUCUUAAGAAGAAACUUAAAGAACUGGCACGGGAAGCAGUUCAGUGGCAACAAGCAUUAUCAGAAAAUCAUAAUGCUGGAGAUGAAGUCCUAAACCCAGAAGAGGCAAGUAUGCUUUCAGAAGAAUUCAAAUGGGCAUCCAGAACUGAAAAUACGAAAUUAAGUGGAAGAGAAAGAGGAGACAGUUCUUCAAGCACCUUAAGAACACACCCAUAUUCUCAGAAGCUGUGGGAAGAUGUCCCAGAGUUACCUGCAAUUUUUAGGUCUGUAGUACCCCCUAGUGAGCAGUUGUUAAGCAAUGAGGAGAAGACAGAUAAAAGUCGGUUUACACAGUCUCCCAGUAGAUUAUCAUCCCAAAUGCAGCCAGUGGGAAAUGUGGGACAGCUCCAUGGUAUCAUGCCUGUAAAACUGUGUCGCAAAGAAUUACGUCAGAUUUCUGCCUUGGAAAUAUCCUUACGACGUUCCAGUUUUGGAGCUGGGGUUGGAUCAAUGACUGCCGAUUCCAUUGUAAUAUCUAGGAAACCAAGUGACUUAAAAACUUAGGCAUUUAGCAAUAGAACUUCUAAUUUGGUAGAUAUGCAAAAGUUUCCUUUUUUUUACUUGCUAAAAAUUAAAGCUCAAGCUCACUAGCUUUUCCCUCAGGAUAAAUGAAAA